CGCUGAUAAGCCUCCUACUACGACGUAGCUUGCAAGCUAUGAGUGCAUCUGCUGCAAAGAUAAUUACGAAAAAACAGACAUUUUUGAAGGGAAAAAAGCCAGAGCAAGGUCCACCCCAUAAACGGCGCAAGCUCGACCGAUCACAGCUGAGCUCUGGAUCUCCAGUCCAUUCACAAAACACGUCUACUUCCGCGUUUCCAAGAGGAAAUUCAACUACGGCCAUUGAUCCUGAACUCGCUGUCGAUUUCACGACCCAAGAAACUAAAAAUGGCGAGUCCCUUGCAACACUGCGCAAGAUGAUUUUUGGACGACUAGAGCAUACGUCUACCCAGAUAGAUCCAGGAAAAUACCUCGCAAUCGAUUGCGAGAUGGUGGGCGUGGGCAUCGACGGCGAGGAGUCGUCGCUUGCGCGCGUUAGUAUUGUUAAUUAUUGGGGCGCAGUGCAGCUGGAUGAGUUCGUGAAGCAGAAGGAACGAGUUGUAGAUUAUCGGACCAAGUGGAGUGGGAUACGCCCCUCAGAUAUGGUCAAAGCUAAGCAAUUCGAGGAGGUGCAGAAAACAGUCGCGGCUUUGACCAAAGAUCGCAUCAUAGUGGGACAUGCCGUGCAUAAUGAUCUCAAGGUUCUACUACUAUCGCACCCGGGUCCAUGCAUACGAGACACGCAACACUUGGCGGCAAAGCACAAUGUAACCAGUAGCAAACGCCCUGCUCUUCGUAACCUCGUAAAACAAGAACUCGAUGUUGUUAUCCAGGGAGGGGAGCACUCCAGUGUCACAGACGCUAGGGCAACGAUGGCCGUGUUUCGGCUACACCGAAAAGAGUGGGAAAAGGGAUUCAGACCGUUGCCCGCACCUGGGGCUGGUGCAUCAAAUAAACGGAAACGUGUCGAGAGUAGUGAACCAGCUGCGCCUAUCCCACCAGGUAGAGGGAGGAAGGGCGUCAGUUCUGGACUUUCUACAAUAGUGAAACGGACACCGCAGACGAAAUCGAAAACUGCAGUCAAGACUAGUAAUAAUAAUUGGUGGACCACCUUGGGUGCCAGCGGCAUCGCAGGGAAGGGUUCCAUGAAACUGUAGCAUUAUCAUAGUUCGUCUUAUUAUCCACCACACAGGUUUCCCACCAAAUAUCGGUGGCUCGCUGCUUGAAAUUGACGAGCAAUUUGUUAGACAAUACUGGGUGCAGUACCAGCUGCGCCCUGUAUUCGUCUCCCCAAGCUGUGAGUGCCGACAAUUUCCUUAGUCUCCAAAGUUUGUAAUGCCGCC